GUCUCUCUCUCUUUGUUAGUUUUUCAAAAACAAAAACACAAAAAACACAAAAACAAAACAACAAUAGUAAUAUUAAAGAGACUGAAACAACAUAAAUUCCAGAGAAGAACAAACCAAACCCCCUCUCUUUCGAUCGUAAAAUCGCCGAUUAAGGUUUGCUGCAUUUGGAAUUGAAAAUAUAGUGAUCAUGAGAUUCAAGAAAGGGAGUAAAGUGGAGAUCUUGUGCAAAAAUGAGGUGCCAUCGGGUUAUUGGCAUUGUGCUGAGAUAAUUUGUGGCAAUGGGCACAACUACACCGUUAGAUACGAGAUGGACCCUGGUGCUACUAAUGAGGCAAUUGUUGGAAGGGUAUCUAGGAAGUCAAUUAGGCCUUAUCCUCCUUUGGUUGAACUAUCAGAGAAUUGGGUUCCGGGUGAUGUUGUAGAGGUGUUUCAGAAUUUCUCUUGGAAGAUGGCAACUGUGUCUAAGAUUUUGGGUAGGAAUUACUUUUUGGUUAGGUUACUUGGAUCUUCCCAUGAAUUCAAACUCAGUAAAUUUGACCUUCGGGUGCGACAGUCUUGGGAAGACGACAAAUGGUUCGUGAUUGGAAAGGGUGGUAGCAACUGUGAAGAUGGGAAACAUUGUGAAUGGCCAAUUCUGAAGUACAAUCAUAAGCUGAGUUCCCAAGUUAAGAAAACAGAUACAAGGAUGACUUUCCACGUAAAAGAUGAACACUGUACUGCUAAGAACAAAGCCAAUUUCCAGGAAUCACGUAUUGUUUCCUCAAGAACUCUGAAGAGAGGAUUUUCCAAUUGCUAUUCUCAAGUUGAGGCACCUGCAAGAACUUCCCAGAAAUUUAGAGUAAUUGAAAAAGAGGGUAGGUGUCAUCGAUUGCUUGCUGCAAAUCCAUCCCCUUUACCUGAAAAGGUAGACGCUGUUGCUUCCCAUCGAGAAAUGGUUAGUGAAACAAAUAACUUUAUUGAAGUGCAUGUGGGGAGGGAGAAACCAAGUGGAGCUGUUGGGUGUAAUGAUACAGAUAAUUUUCCAUGCUCUGUGGCUAGUUGUAGCGUUAAUAGUCAUAAUUCCUUUAAGUUGCAUCGUAAUUUUUCUGGAGGUCGUGUUGAAGAUACUGAUGGUAAUUUUAGUGAUGCUGAGUCUGUUUUUAGGUGGGGUCAUGAGGAAGGGAAUUGUCUCCUUCCCACUCGAGAGGAAUUGGCGGAAGAAAUCCACAGGUUAGAGUUGCAUGCGUACCGUUGCACUAUGGAGGCAUUGCAUGCAUCGGGACCCUUAAGUUGGGAGCAAGAAACAUUGGUGACGAAUCUUCGUCUUUCACUUCAUAUAUCAAAUGAUGAACAUUUGAUGGAGCUAAGGAACUUGGUUUCUACUGCUACAAGCAUUCCUAUUAGUUGACAGGGAACCUAUUCUCUCCCUCUUCUUUCAUUUUCUAUGAAUAGAUUUUGUUUUUCCAUUGGUACAAUGCUUAUGCAUCAUUGUAAGAAGCAGGAUGAAAUGUUGUUAAUCUGUUGCUUCUAUUUGGUUAUUAAAAUCGGUAGUGAUCUAGAUUAAAAUGUUUAUAUCAGAGACUUCUAUAAUGCAGUGGAGAACUCUUGCGUAUCUUACAUCCUUCUUUUUAGUCUAUUGGCCCAUGUACUGUUUAUCUUUCAAUGCAUAAUGCAAUAAAAAUUUUCAAAUAAUGAUCAGAUGUAUAGUUAAUUCCUUGUUUACAUGAAUUUACUGUGACAGGUGUAACUCUUUUGUCUUCAAACACCUUUGUAAUUUAUGCUUAUGAUUUUCUAUUUACUUGUAUUGUGUUGAGUGUAUUUUCCUCCUUUGUUUCAUUUAAGCAAAGUUUAUGAAGUUCCCCACUUUGGGAGUUACGGGUUUUAAGAAAGCGCAGAUGUGCUUUUCAUUUUGAUGAGUAUUUUGUCGGGUCCAUUCUUUGAAUAACUGAUUAUCUCCAUACCAUUUGGCAAUGUAAACAGUUUUUAUGAGGUCAUCAUUGAUGCUUCCCCUGCAUUUUCCAGGGCUGAAGUAGGAGGCUUGUACACUUUGCUUCCAAAUCUCUAAAGAUGUUGGGGUUUGCCACUUUCUCUUGGUCUAGACAAUGAUUCAAUCUCGGAUUAGCUACAACAAGAGAGCUUGUGAUGAGCCAUUGGUAUGUUCAAUAUAUUUGGGUUGCUGCAUUCUUCAACUUUAGGCCACCUCUGAGCCUUGAGUUUGUUUUUCCGAAGGAUGUAGAACCAGAAUUAUGUGGCUUCCAAGCAAUGUCCUGAUAUGUGGAUGCUUGAAAGCCGGACACUUGUUUGGACACUGUUGGACACGCUAUGGACACGUUAUGGACAGAGAGGGAGAAAAACCCUAACCUGUUGCAGACAGAGAGAGAGGGUGAAGAACCUGUUGAAAUGGAGCCCUAGAUCAGGUGAGGACUUUGAUUGUGAUAGUUGUUAUCGGUCAUACAAAAAUGGUAUGUAUAGUUGAUCUCUCCUCUCUUGCUGUAAUCAUCUGCUUCUGAUAUGGCAUAUAUAACGAUCCCUCUAACAAUCUACUUUAGUAAUUGCAAUUCCAUAUAAAGAUAAACCUUACUCCCAUUACACGUCGGUGGAACAUGAUGAAGUCCAGUCCCACUAAUCUCCUUGCAUGGCUUGAACACUUUGUGGGCUUAUGCCUGAAGCCUGAACUUUGGUGGUGCUUCUUAACGUUCAAGUUGUUAGCAGUUCGUGUUUCCCAAACUAUAGAUCAUUGUGAGAAGCGGUGCUGAAAUUAGUGUCUAAAUUCCUGCAUGGUCAACUGGUUGAACAAAAGAAGAGUUUGAUCCUAGCUCAAAAGUUGCAUGGAAACUGGCAUAAAGAUGGAAGGGCUCAUCAAGAGAUCAAAACAUCGAGAAGAUGUCUGUAGUACUUGACAUCCAGCUUGAUGCUGAGUUGAUGACAAGGUUGUGAAUGCUUAUUUCAUGUACAGCAUCUGCGAGUCCUUAGUUUCAGAGAUGCAAGGAAGCUUGUUGAACCUCAUGGCCACUCAAAUGUGCACUUGAUCUGAAGCAACCAUUUUGCGUUCUAACAUGUGAUAUCCAAAGAUUAAGCUAGUUCAACUCAGAAACUUCCGGAACAAAGAUUGGUAAACCAAUUGUGAGAAAUCUCCUCUUUAAUCCUUAUCAAAUACCUUAUGGUGCUUCAAUGCUUGUUACCGCUGUCAGUUGAAGUUAAAAAGAAAGCUGGAUUAAUGUGCUUUUCUUCGAGUUGUGAAGAUCUUCAUGAAAUUGGUCUUGUUGGUUGGUCUGAAUUCAGAUUUCUUUUUUCCCCUUAAGUCCUGGGAAGUUACAGAUUCAGGGUCUAAAUUUUGAUCUGUAAUCUGUGUAACUUCAUAUAAUCCUUUUGUUCCUUCUCAGUUAACAUUGUUAGGUUGUUUUUAUAAUAAUGCAGGACCUUGUUUUUAUCUAAAAGUUCAAAUUUCCAAA